AUGUAUAAUGAUGUGCAUGUCAACUUCACUCAGGAGGAGUGGGCAUUGCUGGAUCCUUCACAAAAGAAUCUCUACAACAGUGUGAUGCUGGAGACCUACAUGAACCUCAGUGCUAUAGGAAUCAAUCCCUUAAGAGUGGAGAGAGACCCUAUGAAUGUAAUCAAUGUGGUAAAACCUUUGUGCAAUACAGUCAUCUUCGAAUGCAUGAAAGAACACAUACUGGAGAGAAGCCCUAUGAAUGUUAUCAGUGUGGUAAAGCUUUUGCAAAGCACAGUAAUCUUCAAAUACAUGAAAGAACACAUACUGGAGAGAAACCCUAUAAAUGUAAUCAGUGUGGUAAAGCCUUUGCUUAUCACAGUUCUCUUCAAUUGCAUAAAAAAGGACAUACUGGUGAGAAACCAUAUGAAUGUAAUCAGUGUGGCCAUGACAGAUGUGUGGAGAAAAGAAGACAACUUUGUGGGGGUCUACUUUUGUUCAACUUCAUAUGGUGAUCAAGAUGAGAUUACAGCUUUGCACAAGACAUUUCCAACAGAGCUGUCUCAUUGA